AUGAACUUCUGCUCCCCGCAUCGUUUGCUGCAGUACUCACUUGCAGAGUCACCGGGAUCCGUUCCAGCUGAUAGUGAGGACGAAGACAUGGAGAUUGCUUCGGAAAACGACGAAAACCACUCUGUGGACCGCCUCUUGCAGACCACCCCAACCAACAUCGAUCAUGAAGCCUUUAUACUCGGCCCGCCUGAUGACGGCCCAAGCAGUCCACACCCUUCACCAUCUGAGAUACCCUUCUACUGGCAGACAUUUGUGGAGAAUGUCGAUCCUCUAGUCAAGAUAUUUCACGUCCCGUCGAUGAACCAGUUGAUGAGAGAAAUACAGCGCAACAUUGGAUCCUUGAGCCCUGCUGAAGAUGCGUUGAUGUUCGCCAUCUACCUUGCUGCAGUGACCUCCAUGACACCAAACGAAGCACAAGACCUUCUUGGCCAGGACAAGGAAACCCUGGUUGCACAAUAUCGGCUUGCUACGAAGAAAUCGCUUGCCAGGGCAGAGUUCAUGUCGUCUUCAGACCUGAUGACAUUACAGGCCGUUGUCUUGUUCCUGUUUUGUCUGCGCGAAAGCGAUCAGUCGCGGUUCACUUGGACCAUGACCGCACUCGUCAUUCGACUAGCACAAGGCCUCGGAAUACACAGAGUCCGCCGAGGCACUGAUUUAUCUCCUUAUAAUACCGAAAUAAGCCUCAGACUUUGGCUUAGCAUCUGGCUGCUGGAUUUAAGAACCGCAUUGGACCAAGGGACGAAUUUCCUGAUCACUGAGGAUCCUCCUGACUCGGUGCUGCCGCUCAACAUCAACGAUUCUGACCUUGACCCUGCCAGCGUGGCAUACCCGCCCUCGAGAACCGGCAUGACUGACAUGGCACCGAGUCUGAUCAAGUACGAGAUUGGAAUGUUGAUGAAGAAAUUGGCACAACCCGACAGCAAACAUGCACUCGACCAGGAAGAUAUGCAACAAAUGACGGCCCUUUGUAGGACAAAACUGGAAGAUGAAUACAUGCAAAACUGUGUCGACGACCACUCCUUCCACCGUUUCACGGCGUUAACCACACAACUCUUCUUUGCCGAAGCACCGUUACUCAUCUAUCACCAUGCUUUGUCCUCCGGCUCGAUAGAUUUAUCAGCGGCCGCCAAAGACCGAUUGCUGAACGCAUCCAUCGAGACAAUCCAGUGCUCUCACGAGCUCGUAACGACAUGGGAAUGGCCACGCUGGGUGCGACAGCCCUGUAGUUACGUUCACUGGCACGCAAUAUCAAUAAUCAUCGAAGAAUUAUGCGCUCGCUCGGGCAGGACGGAAAUUGCGCAGAAGGCUUGGAACGCUAUCGACCUUGCGAUCGGGUGUUGGGGAUCCCCGACGCAGCAACAAGAUGAACUAUGGAAACCGCUGAUAAGAUUAGCGAAGAAGGCUAGGAAGAAGCGUGCGGCAAUUGAGCUCUUACACCAGGACUCAACUCGGACAGACGGUAAUCCGGACGAUCAGUUGAUGUCUGUAGAUUGGACCUUAGCAAACCCGGAAAUACCACUCUGGCCGACGGAAAUUUCGCCUGGAUACCUUUACGACGACAUGGGCGAGGAUUUGCUCCUUGGGUCAGGUGGGAGUCCAAGCGACGUCAUCAGUUAUAUGAUGUAA